AUGGCUUUCAACCUUCAAAACCCUUUUUCAAAUUUCAUUGUUGUAUGCUCAAUUUCUUCCCUUUUGGCAAGCCAUUUUGAACUCUUUGUUAAUGGUGAUGGGUUUUCACCCGCUUUGGGAACAUGGUAUGGGGAUCCAAAUGGCGCUGGAAGUGGAGGAGCUUGUGGUUGGGCUAAUGAUGUGCAGUCACCUCCAUUUUCAUCCAUGAUAGCAGCUGGAAAUUCUAGAAUUUUUUUGAAUGGCAAAGGAUGUGGGAAUUGCUAUCAGAUUAAGUGCAGUCGAAAUCCAUAUUGCUCAGGAAACCCUAUUACGGUGACGAUAUCCGAUGAGUGCCCAGGAGCAUGCAAUGAUGUUCCAUUCCAUUUUGAUUUAAGUGGAACUGCUUUUGGAGCAAUGGCCAAUCCGGGACAAGCUGAGAAUCUUCGUAAUCUAGGCCAAGUUGAUAUCCAAUAUCAGAGGGUGGCGUGCAACUAUGGUGGAACAAAGAUCGCUUUCAAGAUUGMUAAAGGAACRAACCCUAACUGGUUUGCAACUGCGAUAGAAUUUGCAAAUGGAGAUGGUGGACUUGGUUCAGUGGAGAUAGCACCGUCUGUUUCACAAGGGUUUGUUCCGAUGAAGAACAUUUGGGGCACCGUUUGGCAAGCUGACAUCAACCCAUCUUUCCGUGGUCCAUUCUCGUUCAGGCUCACGUCUCCAACGAACAAGGCGGUGAUCGCACAGAAUGCUGUUCCGGCGGGCUUUGCUGCUGGUCAAACUUAUUUCUCUAACGUAAACUUUUAG